AUGGCCUCCAGAACACCAAAGCCCGUCAAGGGCAUCCUCAAGAAGCCCAAGACUACUGCAGGGGAUAAGAGUCAAGAGCCGGCCUCAUCAACCCCGUCUGAUCCGCGCGCGAUAGCUCUUCAUCAUGCGCGCCUCCUCCAAGACCGAAAGGACAUCGAAGCGCUCAUCUUCAAUCACAUCCUGACCCUGCUCGAUCUACCCCUGCACCCAUCCCACCAGGCCUCGUCUCCGCACCCGGCCGACAUCGAGACUUUCCUUUCGCUUGUCCGUAUUUUCCAGCCGUCCGACUACGACGACCUGAUUACGGAGCGAAACUUAAACGAAAAUAAGUGUGGUUACACUCUGUGUCCGAACCAGCGCCGCAGGUACAAGGGUGCCGGGACGUACAAGAUGGUGAACAAGGGCAGAAAAGAUUUUGAUAUUGUCGAGACGAAGGAGCUGGAGAAGUGGUGUAGCACAGAGUGUACGCGGAGGGCACUUUGGGUGAAGGUGCAGCUCAACGAGACGGCCGCCUGGGAAAGAGUAGGUUUACCAGAGUUGAGGGUUGAACUUUACCCUGAAGAGCAGAAGGACAAGAGUGGUUCGGGAAGCAGCCAUGCCCAGAGAGACAGCGAGGGUGAGCCUCAGAGACUGGCAACUGAGAUGGCCAGACUACAGCUCGACCAAGAUCGCAAGAUUGCGAAGCAUGCCGCCGCACUGGCACUCGAGAGAGGUGAUGGUGCCGAGGAGGCGCCCGGUCGUUCCGUGGACAUUGUUGUCCGCGAAAAGAAGGUGACCACUGAGCCGGAGGCUCCAUCCCUUGCUGACAACACCAUUGAAGGCUACAAGUCAAGAUUUGGCUCCGAGGCCGAAGGUGGCCCUGCCCUCGAGAAGGGUUCCUGAAAGGAGGCAUACGGACACAAAGCCCUGCGGUUUUCAAAAGAAUUCCUGGAGUCAUGAUUGACUUUUACGAUACCCAUUCAGGCGAAAUACAGGUCAGGAUGGAGAGACAUUCAUUCAGCAAGGCAAAUCCGUCGU